UGUGUGAUUUAAUUUGUCGAUCAUAUUUUUUUUUGCAUUUUUCACCACGGUGAAUUAGAUCAAAAAUAUAUCGGUGUGGAUAAUAAUUUUUUAUUUGUAAAUUUUGUUUGUUUUCGUUUCCUUAACCGUUCUCUUUAUUUAAAUUUAACGUCAUUACUAUACUAUCACAAGUUCAAAUGGACAGCAACAGUACGAGUGGCGUCGAGCACAUUCUUUUGGAGAACAAGAUCGUGUCGACGGAGGAUCUGACACGGGCGCUGCGAUCAACCUCACUGGGUCUUUCACAGCGAGUUAGUCUAGCACGUGCCGUAUUUGACAGCAGCAAGCACAGUGAUAUAGGAGGCAAAGUCACACGUCUGAGCAAUAUUUUGGUUCGCAAGAACGAGCUGCUGGCAGAAUGGAUAUUUUCAAUAAUGCUUCGUGAGCUCAAAGCUUCCAAAAGCGGCAAACAGGAGUCGUACGUUCUUUACCGAGAUUCCGAAGGAAUCGACUUUCUUGGCAGGAUCCUUGAGAAUAUUGCGGAUACGGGUGAGCUGGACGUCCGCGCAGUGCUACAGGGACCAGUGAUGGCACUGUUUACUGGGGCGUUUGCUAGUGAAUUCUUGAGCGCCGAAUAUGCAGCAGCUGUGGCCAGGCUCUGGAAGGUGGUUUUUGAGCGGGCAGUUGAUGGCGCAGAGGUUGUCGCGGCACAGGCAGAUCAGUUGGCGCAGUUGAAUGCGCUGGUCAUUGGUCACUACCUCCGGGAAACCAAACAGGACACCCGGCUGUGGCUGCAGUUUAUGGUUGGCUCCAUAGCCUCGGCAAUGCGCGCGAGCUGCGAGACCACGCUGAAUGCACGCAAGACAUUUGCUCUCUUUGACAAGGAACUCCUGCCACUGGUGCUUCGGCUUCUGGGUACUGUCCCUGCAGCAGCAACAAUUGAGGAGAAUAAGAUGGUAGGAUCUGUUUUGGACAUGAUUCAGGCGGGUCUGUUCCAUCCCGACAGCAUGGUACGGUUUGCGGCAACCCUAGGGCAGAGCAUUGCCAGUAAGCGGGUGGACGAGGGAGCCGAUUCACAGUAUGUAGAUCAGGCCAUGGAUAUUAUCGUGCGGUCCAUAACCGAGGGCGAUGAGCGCGUGGAGUGUGCGGUGGCGCUGCCUCACAUGCUUCAGCGGUACCUGAGCGCCUUGGCCAUGCUGUGUGCCGAGACACGCGGGCGGGUGACCACCUCAGUUGGAGCAGCGGCGAUUGCGGCCAGCCCCGUGGUGGUCAGCUCUGCAGAGGCCGGUGGAUCGAGCCUGGCGAUGUUCCUCUGGCUUUACGCACGCCUAUUUGACAUGUACGCCAAGCUCGCCGACGUGCGCAUCCUGCGGGCUAUCAACAGCCUGGUGCGCGUGUACUUUACAGAUGCGUGCUUUGGCACCACGGCUGCGGGCAGUGGGUCAGUGGGUGACGUGCACGAGCGCCAGGCCGAGGCCCUGCACGCGUGGCUGAAGGACGUCGUCUCUCCAGUGUUUGCCCGUUCGGCAACAUCGGAAGUCCAAGGAGAGGAGCUCGUGUUGGCGCUCGAGGGCGUGCGGCUAGCUCUGGAUGCUGCGCCCGAGGUCGCUUGCGUGCUGGACACAGGCGUCUUUCAUGCGCUGACAUUGGCUGUGUCUGUGCCCGAUGAGGCUGUCACUACUGGAGCUGAUCUUUUGCGCAACAUGGUGGCCACGCUGGCACGCGCGCGACAGCUCGACACGCUGAUUGCGCACCUGGCCAAGGCCAGCGCAGAGACAGUUCGUCCUGGGGCUGUCAAUUUGCUCGCCUCGGCUGACUUCCAGCGCACGCUGGCCGGUGCCAUUGUGCAGACCAUGCCCUUUGCGCAGGUGCGCGCGACGCUCGACACGCUGGCUGACGCCAUCAGCGGGGCAUCGGCCGCAGACAGCGGGCGCAAGCGGCGGCGACUGAGCAGCAAACAUGGCUAUAAGCAGUCGGUCAGCAGCAGUGGAGUUUCCGACAUCGUUGUGGCCAUGAUGGCAAACUUUGUGAUGGCUGGCACGGCGCUGGCAACUGCUGCGUCGGAGCAGCAGCGUGUGCAGUUUGGCGCAGCGCUAGAGGCAAAGCACGAAGCGCUGACCCAAGCACUUACCGAGACCGGUAGCACAUGGGAGGGGCUGCUGAUACACUACGCAUUGGUCGAGGGGGGCGCUCGCAUCGGCGGGUCAGAGGACUGGCUGGCCGUAAACAUGAACCCACAGCACGUGCUGGCGAACGUCCUGCCGCAGGGCUCGGAUGAUUGUCGCACGGGCGCACUGUCGAUGCUUGUGGCAUUUCAGGCAGCCGCACACUGGGCGGCUACAUCGACAGAAAGGAACGGUCAAGGCGAUGCCACCGUGCGCCAGAUGGUGUCCGCAGCAUUGGCCAAUAUCCAUGCUGUGGGCGCAUGGGGCGCGUGGGACGGCCAAGCGCACACCAUAAGCGUCGAGAAUAGCGGACGCGCGCAGUGGCAGCUGCUGUCUGCUCGUCUGGAGAUUGCGUGCGAGUACGCCGACGCUGCAACCAUUGCGGCCAUUGCGCGCCGCGUUGUCGAGCAGGCGGCGGCCGGGGAUUAUACGUUACUGGCAGACGCGGGCUUUUUUGAGAUUGCCCGCUUGCGCACUGCCAUGGCGCCUGCUGCCGCUGCAUAUGCUGCAGAGCUCUGGGCAUCCAAGCAGCCGCGUUCUGACGCUUUGCUGCCAGCCGGCCCAGCGCAGGUGGCGAUUGACGCAGUCCUUGCCAGCAGGCCCAAAGCAAAAUCCGUUUCAACCAUGGACGACGCCUCGCCCUGGAUUGGCCUGCUGCGCGCACUGCUUCGCUUCCCGACCGUCUAUUGGCCCGCUGACCAGCACUCUGCGUUGGUCGCCCUUGCCCUAGCUGCUGACCGCCGCGUUGCGGCUGCGCUGCAGACAUCUAGCGCGCAGGCGGCUGUUCGUGUGCUGGCGCGCACGCUGCUCGAGCGGCUGCUAGCCCACCACCCGGCCACCGUGUCCUUGCUUGUUCCGCAUGCCACUGUCUGUGCAGAUCAUUGGGCUGCUGCUACCGGAGAGCACGAGGCCCGCGCAUCGCGCCGUCUGCUACGUCUGACCGCCAGCGCCCUGGCUCAGAGCGCCGGGGCCUCAGAGCAAGCCGAUGCGGCCUGCCUCCGCCUGUGCACGCACCUGCUCAAACGCUUGGAGCCUGCCGCCGAGGGCUUCCUGCUUGUGCUCGACGCGCUGGACGCUGUGGCGCGCGCCGCCGCCAAGCUGCACCGCAGCGGGGUUAGCGCGUGGAAAAAGUGGGUAAAGUCGUCGAUCAAGGUCGUGCAGCGUGACGUCCUUUCCUUCAUUGACUCGCUGCCCGAGGGCCUAGUUGACGAUAGGCAUGCGAUACAUAGCCUCGGCGUGCUCGUCUGCCUCGACCGUCUCCUUGCCGCUCUUGAUGGCUCUAAGGACAGCUGCACAAAGUACGCAACCGCCGUGGUUUUGCGCACCACUGAGGCCCUGGGCACUAUUGCUGCCCGGGCACUGUCCUCGUCGUCGACUUUUGCAAUGGGACUUGUGCUGCACGCUGUUCAUCGGUCUUUGGAAAUUCCGCAGGGAGCCGCUCACACGCUGCUGGCCCUGCUGGCCCGCCUGCUCGCCCGCUACCACCGCUCGUCUGGCACGUCGGUUCCACUGGUGCUCCAGUCUCUGGCCGCCUGCAUCAUUGAUUCGAGCAAUGGCGCUGUAUCUGACAGUGAGGACGAGUCGAGCAUGUCGGACUUUGUCACUGUCCGUGGUCUGGAGCCCCUGCUGCGACACAAGCUUGACGCGCAGUCCUUCGAAACCUCACUCGUCACGUUUUUGCGCUUGCCCACCAGCAUCAAUGCUGUUGCAGGUGCCCCUGUUGAUCCGAGCGUCCGCGGCCUGCCCAAGCUGCUUCAGGCAUACAUACACACGGGAUACCGCCACUCCGACUCUGUGGCCAAGCGCAAGUCUGUGCAGCGGCGUCUGGGCGACAUCCUUGUUACGCUCCACACGGGCCUUCGCACGGGCAUGCCAGUGCCCGAUGUGCUCGAUGUCGUGGGAGACCUGGUGUUGGAGCCUUUCAUGCGCUUUACCAUGUACGAUAUCUCUGAGUGCCUGUCCAUCCUCUCUACCACUCUGAUGUUGCCCCAAAAGCCAGCCGACGAUCUGGAUGCGCUGUAUCGGUCUAUUUGCCGUAUCCUGGGCUCCGUCAUCCGCCACCACACCAACCACGUUUUGGGAUCCAUUUCUAUCCUCACCACGCUGCUGCGCUCGCUCAUGCACGCCUUUGUUGCGCCUGCCGUACCCCGAGUUCUAAUGUCCAACGCCACGCAGUGUGCGUCGGAUAUGACUCCCUGGAUCAUCUCGCAUGCUCCCCUGUCGCCCGCAUGUGCCGAGUCCUACAGUCGCGUGCUCAACGAUCUCGUUCGUUCGCGUCGCACUGCAGGGCCUUCGUCAUCGGCGCCGUCGGCAGACCUGGUCAAACUCACUCGCGGAACCAACGCUGCUGGUGUGUCCACCGUGCUCAGUCUCUUUGCUCCCCACGUGCUGGCUGAGUACUGCAUUAUUCAGGGCGGUGGCGCGCUCUCCGCUGUCAUUCACCGCGCACCCGGAGUUGGUGUUCAUAGUGGUGCCGACGCCUUUGCGUUCAAGGGUCUUUCGUGGCGGCCGUCACUUGUUAUCAAUGCAGACCAAGAGGGCGGUAUUUCCUUGGCUGCCCAGAAGAUGAGCGCUCGCGGCAUCAUCUCUUCUCCGGCUCUGCGUGAGGCACUGCUUCCCGGAUGGCAUGCCCUACUGGAUAUCAUGACCGAGGCCGAUAGAUCUGCCCUGCUGGCCCUGCUGGCCGCUUCCGGCUCUGCCACAACCGACUCACGUUCAUUCGGGGCCACGGGAUACGGCGGCACCUCCGUCUUUGGGCCCGAUCGCCAUGGCGGAGCCCACGAGGUCUUGAAGUCUCUUUACCAGACAUACCUUGACUUUUACAAGUACAAGGGCGAGGUUUGAGCAUAAACGUAUAUUUAAUGGAUUUUUAU